GGCCUCCGCCUCCGCUCGCUCCAGCCGUCUGGCCGUCCCCACCUCGGGCACGCUGCCUGCGCCGUUACCUGGUCCAAUUGCCCGGGAGGCUCCGCCCGUCGGCUCCGCUCUGCGGCCGCGCCUCCGAGCUGUCCGGCAGGCUCAGGAUCCGACACUUCCGUUCCCUGCCACCCAAGCGCCAUGAGGGACCUUCUUUGCUCGCCACUGCCCAUGUUGCUGUUUCUUCUCCAGCCCUGGGAAACCCAGCUCCAGUUUGCAGGUCCCAGGUGUCGGUCGGGGCCCCUGGAUUUGGUGUUCGUGAUUGACAGUUCGCGCAGCGUGCGCCCCUUUGAGUUCGAGACCAUGCGGCAGUUCCUGGUGGGCCUCCUCCGCGGCCUGGACGUGGGGCCCAAUGCCACGCGCGUCGGCGUGAUCCAGUACUCGAGUCAAGUGCAAAGCGUCUUCCCGCUCGGCGCCUUCUCGCGCCGCGAGGAUAUGGAGCGCGCCAUCCGCGCGCUGGUGCCGCUAGCUCAAGGCACCAUGACAGGGCUGGCAAUCCAGUACGCCAUGAACGUGGCCUUCAGUGUGGCCGAGGGCGCGCGCCCCCCGGAGGCGCGCGUCCCGCGCAUCGCUGUCAUCGUGACCGACGGACGGCCCCAGGAUCGUGUGGCUGAGGUGGCGGCGCAGGCGCGCGCCCGCGGCAUAGAAAUCUACGCAGUGGGGGUGCAGCGCGCCGACGUGGGCUCCCUGCGGGCCAUGGCGUCUCCCCCGCUGGACGAGCACGUCUUCCUCGUUGAGUCGUUCGAUCUUAUCCAGGAGUUUGGCCUGCAGUUCCAGGGCCGGCUGUGUGUCAUUGACCUGUGCACUCAAGGGACCCAAGGCUGUGAGCACCACUGCAUCAGCUCCCCAGGCUCCUAUUUCUGUCGCUGCCGAGCUGGCUUUGUACUCCAGCAGGACCAGAGAAGCUGCAGGGCCAUUGACCACUGCAGCUUUGGGAACCACAGCUGCCAGCACGAGUGUGUUAGCACCUUUGCUGGGCCACGGUGCCACUGCAGAGAGGGCCACGACUUGCUGCCCGAUGGGAAGAGCUGUGAGGCCCGGGACCUUUGCAAUGGUGUAGACCAUGGAUGUGAGUUCCAGUGUGUGAGUGAGGGCCUCUCUUACCACUGUCUGUGCCCUGAGGGCCAGCAACUCCAAGCAGAUGGCAAGAGCUGCAACCGGUGCCGGGAAGGCCAUGUGGACCUGGUUCUGCUCGUCGAUGGCUCCAAGAGCGUGCGCCCGCAGAAUUUCGAGCUGGUGAAGCGCUUUGUGAAUCAGAUUGUCGACUUCCUGGACGUGUCCCCCGAGGGCACCCGCGUGGGGCUGGUGCAGUUCUCGAGCCGCGUGCGCACCGAGUUCCCGCUGGGCCGCUAUGGCACGGCGGCUGAGGUCAAGCAGGCGGUCCUGGCCGUGGAAUACAUGGAGCGCGGUACCAUGACAGGGCUGGCGCUGCGCCACAUGGUGGAGCACAGCUUCUCCGAGGCGCAAGGCGCACGGCCCCGCGCCCUCAACGUGCCUCGCGUGGGCCUGGUCUUCACCGACGGCCGCUCCCAGGAUGACAUCUCGGUGUGGGCCGCGCGCGCCAAGGAGGAAGGCAUUGUCAUGUACGCCGUGGGCGUGGGCAAGGCAGUGGAAGAGGAGCUGCGCCAGAUCGCCUCCGAGCCCGCGGAGCUGCAUGUGUCCUACUCCCCUGACUUUGGCACCAUGACGCACCUGCUGGAGAACCUCAGAGGCAGCAUCUGCCCGGAGGAGGGCAUCGGCCCAGGUACAGAGCUUCGGAGCCCGUGCGAAUGCGAAAGCCUCGUGGAGUUCCAGGGCCGCACGCUGGGGGCGCUCGAGAGGCUGACGCAGAACCUGGCCCAGCUGACGGCGCGCCUGGAGGAUCUGGAGAACCAGCUGGCCACCCAGAAGUGAGGGCCGCCGGGACCGGGAGCCGGGCAGGGGCGCGGCCCCGUGGACUGUGCCCUCGGGGCGCCGUCGGGGCGCCGGGGCCGGGCAGCUCCGGGGCCCCGAGGACUUGGGCUGUCGGGGAGGGGGCGCUGGCGGGCUCCCAGCGCUGCGCUCGAGCUGGCCUCGCCUGGACCAGAAGCCGGACUGCGGGGGACCGAGGGGCGCGCUAGGUCCGCACGCCCUCGCUGCGUGCUGCGCUCAGUUCUUUGUUGGAUUUCCUUUUUGUUUUCUUUUUCUUAAAAAAAAAAAA